AUGUCAAACGUCUAUGGUCUCGUGUUGUUUUUUGGACUCUUGGCUAUUAUCAAUACCCCUUCUCUCGCUCGUGAACUAGAAGGUGGCGUGAUGUGGGAUAUUGGUUCACAAAUCAAACAUCACCACCACCAUCGUCAUGCUCCCUCUCCUCACCACGAACAUGAGUAUGUUUGCCCUCCUUCCCACCAUCACCACGCUCCAUCUCCUCAUGCUCAUCACACUCAUCCUCCUCAUCACCACGCCCCAUCUCCACAUGCCCACCACGCUCAUCCUCCAAGAUAUCAUGGUCAUGGUCAUGCUCCUGCUCCUGCUCCUGAACAUGCUCAUUUUCAAAGAGACCAUAGUCAUGCUCCUACUCCUCAACGUACACAUUCUCCUAAAAACCAUGGUCAUGCUCCUGCCCAUGCUCCUCAACAUGCCCAUUCUCCAAGACAUUGUGAUCAUGAUGAUUCUCCAAACCAUCAUGGUCAUGGUUAUGCUCCUGCCCCUAUUCCUCAACAACCUCAUUCUCCAAAACAUCAUGAUCAUGCUCCUACCCCUGCUCCCCAACAUGCUCAUUCUCAAAGAGACCAUGGUCAUGCUCCUAUUCCUGCUCCUCAACAUGCUCAUUCUCUAGGACACUGCGGUCAUGCUCAUUCUCCAAAACAUCAUGGUCAUGCUCCUCAACAUGCUCAUUCUCCAAAACACCAAGAUCAUGCUCCUACCCCUGCUCCUCAACAUGCUUAUUCUCCAAAACACCAUGAUCAUGCUCCUACCCCUGCUCCUCAACAUGUUGAUACUCCAAGACACAACGGUCAUGCUGACUCUCCAAAACAUCAUAGUCAUGCUCCUGCCCUUGCUCCUAAAUAUGCUCAUUCUCCAAAACACCAUGAUCAUGCUCCUACCCCUGCUCCUCAACAUGUUCAUUCUCCAAAACACCAUGAUCAUGCUCCUACUCCUGCUCCUCAACAUGCUGAUACUCCAAGACACAACGGUCAUGCAGAUUCUCCAAAACAUCAUAGUCAUGCUCCUGCCUCUGCUCCUAAAUAUGCUCAUUCUCCAAAACACCAUGAUCAUGCUCCUACCCCUGCUCCUCAACAUGUUCAUUCUCCAAAACACCAUGAUCAUGCUCCUACCCCUGCUCCUCAACAUGUUGAUACUCCAAGACACAACGGUCAUGCUGCUCCUCAACAUGCUCAUUCUCCAAGACACAGCGGCCAUGCUGAUUCUCCCAAACAUCAUAGUCAUGCUCCUGCCCCUGCUCCUCAAUAUGCUCAUUCUCCAAAACAUUAUGAUCAUGCUCCUGCCCCUGCUCCUCAACAUGCUUAUUCUCCAAGUCAUUGUGGUCAUGAUCAUUCUCCUAGACACCAUGAUCAGGAUCCUGCGCUUUAA